CAAUAUGGCGAACGUUUCAAGGUUUGGAGUGAACUAUGUUUUAGCGUCAAUAAAUGCACGAGUUUCUGGAAAAUUUUGCCCUAACUGUAUUGCAGCUCUAUCAGGUGCAAGGUUCUACAGAGGGAGUAAUCGUGAUGUAAAAAGGAGAGAGUGGAAUAAAAAGAUGGACGAAAUGAAACAACAAGGUCCAAGAAAGUUUGAUUACAAGCAGUUUAUCAGCAAAAACUAUGAAAAAGAAAUUACUGCAUUUGCUCAUCGCCUUGGGCUUGCUCCUGACAAUGAGCUACUGAGACAAGCUUUUAUGCACAGAAGUUUUGAAAGUGAUCAGAACAAACUAGUUGACCACAAUGGAAAACUAGCAGUUCUAGGAUUUAAUAUUGCCUCCCAAAUCAUAAGCUCAUUCCUAUAUCUCUCUUAUCCCAUUUUUCCAAGUUAUGGAUACAGAAACCUGCAAGAAUAUAUUUUAAGUCAAGAAGCCUUAGUACAUGUUGCAAGAUCUCUAUCAAUUCCUGAACUUAUAAAGUCAAAAUAUGAUUUAUUGAGUUCAGACGACAUAACAAAUAUUGGUCCUACAAAAAAUGACAUAAUUGCUGACUCUUUACUUGCCCUUAUUGGAGCGAUUCACAUAAAUGAGGGAGCUUCACGGGCGAGUUCUUUUGUACGCGAUUUCCUGAUUUUUCAGUUAUACGGUCAGGAAUUGGAAGAUAUAAUUCCAUUCAAGAAUCCAGAAAUGUCACUGGCUGCGUUGCUUCGACAACAAGGAAAGGAAAAACCAGUUGAAAGAUUGAUCAGUUCAAGUGGCAGACACACAGAAACUCCAGUUUAUGUUGUCGGAGUAUUUAGUUCAGAAACACUUUUAGCCAAAGUCGCAAAUCCAAUCUUAGAAAGGGCAAAAUACCAGGCCUACUGCUCGGCUUUGACGAACGUUUUGACUUCGAACAUGCCACAACCGGGCGGACUGCCGCAUGAUAAAACUUCUCCUACACCAAGUAUAUAAUACGCGUCCAGUUUCAAGUGUGGGAGCAAUCCUAUAUUCAGUCCACAGGAUCGAGUUAACUGGAAUGUGCUGCUAAAGAUGAGAGCCAUUUAUUGAGGAGGAGGAGGAGGGGUGUUUUUGGAGGUGUUAAAGAACGUGCUUUUAUUGGCCUUCCCCCAAGUAUUCUCCAAUGAGAAUUGAAGAGCGAAGUAAAUUUGAAAACUGACAGCCAAUAAAUACCGCAGAAAUAGCAGAGAAGAUAUUCCGACCAUGGAAUUAACUAUUGAGUCAUCCAUUGCAUUAAAUAUUUUAAUUAAA